AUGGGGCAUUUGCAAGGUGAUUGUAGGCAAGGUAGGAAAAGAGUUUGGGUUAGGAAGCAACCUGCAAUACCUACUCAAACAGCUCAAGUGACUAGUCCUAUUGUGGAUCAGGAAGGUUUCCAAAGAUCAUUAAGGCCCAUAAGGGUGAGAGUUGAGUCAGAACAACCAGUUAGAACUUCUAAUGCUUUUCAGUGCAAGGGGUUGUACAAGGGGGUGAUCCAACUGGAAGAGGGGACUCUUCUGAAUCUUAUGGAUAGAGUGUUAGCUAGGAAUGUUAGGGGUCUGAACUCCACACAGAAACAGGAUGAGGUCAAGCAUUUCAUUCAGAAGUAUGCUGUGGGUUUAGUUGGGCUCCUAGAACAUAAGGUAAAGCUCUCAAACCUUAGGAGGCUUUAUCAAAGAGUUUUUGCAAAUUGGUGUUUUUCUAGCAACUCUAGCUUUCAUGAUGGAGGAAGAAUUGUGAUUGCAUGGAAGUCUGGAUGUUUUAAUGAGUUGUGGAGGGAUUUAGGAUUACUUAACACUCAGGAUCCAUGGAUUCUGUGUGGUGAUUUUAAUAGUGUGAUGGAAGUUGAUGAAAGAAUUGGGGCCCCUGUUAGACAGAGUGAUAUUGUUGAUAUAAGUAAUUGCUUUCACAACUGUGGAAUGGAGGAUAUCAAAAGUGUGGGGAAUUUCUUCACAUGGAAUAACAAGCAGCAAGGCACUAAUAGGGUUUUCUCAAAAAUAGACAGAUUCAUGGCAAAUCAAGCAUGGCAAGGAAUCUUUCCAGCUGCUGAAGUUUGCUUCAUGCCUGAAGGUCAUUUUGAUCACUCACCUGGUCUUUUGACAGUGUACCCUAGGAGUGAUGGAGGGAGGAAGCCAUUCAAGUACUUUACAAUGUGGAAGAGUUCUCCUGUGUUUUCUGAAACUGUCAAGAAGGCUUGGAGUAGUCACAUAGAUGGAAGUAAAAUGUUCAGAUUGGUUUGCAAACUUAAGAAAGUUAAGCAAGCCUUGAGAGAAUUGAACAAAGUUGGCUUUACUGAUGUUCAAGCUGCAGAUCUAAAGGCCUAUCACGAAAUGGUGAAUGCUCAAAGUGCAUUACAUAGCAAUCCUACUGAUGCAAGUGUAGCUGAUGCUGAGCUGAAAGCUAUACAAGAUUAUAAAGAAAAACAUAAGGCAUACUUGGCAUUCUUAAGUCAAAAAGCUAAAGUUAAUUGGCUUAAAGAAGGAGAUGAAAAUACUGCUCUAUUUCAUCAAAGCAUCAAAGCUAGAAGAGUUCAAAAUCAAGUUUACAGUAUCUGUGAUAUGACUAGAAAUUGGAAAGACACAGCUGAUGAGGUUUCUGAAGCCUUCUUAGCUUAUUACAGAAUGUUAUUAGGCACCACUCAUGACCACAGAACUCCUGUUAUUAAACAAAUAGUUCAGCAGGGUCCUGUGUGUCAAGAUCAUCACAAAAGUAUUCUCAAUGCCCUUUACACUGCUGAUGAGGUUAAAUCUGCUUUAUUCUCUAUUCCAGGAGUCAAAGCUCCAGGUCCAGAUGGUUUUGGGUCUUAUUUCUACAAAGAUGCUUGGCAUAUUGUUGGAGAUGAGGUUAUAGCAACUGUUCUGGAUAUGUUACAGAAUGGGAAGCUCUUGAAGGAGGUGAAUCAUACUGUCAUCACUCUCAUCCCCAAGACUAAAUGUCCAAAAGAUGUGAGUGAAUUCAGACCAAUUUCAUGUUGUAACACCAUUUAUAAGUGCAUAACAAAGGUCCUUUGUGGGAGAUUAAGACAAGUAUUACCUGAUCUGAUCUUGGAAAACCAAGGUGGUUUUGUUCAUGGUAGGUUUAUUGUCCACAACAUUAUGGUUGUUCAAGACUUAGUCAAGCAUUAUGGCAGGAAGUGUGUUACUACUCCCAUGUUCUCUUUGAUGUUGAAUGAAAGUAUGCAUGGAUUUUUUAAAUCCAAAAGAGGGUUGAGGCAGGGGGAUCCCAUAUCUCCAUUGUUGUUUGUCAUAUGUAUGGAAUAUCUGUCUAGGAUAUUGAGCAGAAUGUGUGAAUCUUCUCAUUUCCAGUUUCAUCCAAGAUGUAAAGAUAUCAAGCUCACUCACCUUUGUUUUGCUGAUGACUUGAUCCUGUGCAGUAAGGGUGAUUAUCAAUCUAUUAUCCUCUUGUUACAAGCUUUCAAACUUUUUUCAAAUUCAGCUGGUUUAAAGGCUAAUCAGCAGAAGUCUUCUGUGUACUGUCAUGGCAUGCCAGAGAAUGAAGUUCAAAGAGUAGUUGAUGUUUCUGGUUUCUCCAGAAGUUCUUUGCCUUUCAAGUAUCUGGGUGUUCCCAUUUGUUCUAAAAAGAUUACUGUGGCUCAAUGUGGACAUCUAGUGGAUAAAAUGAUCACUGGGAUUAAGAUCUGGAGCUCAAGGAACUUAUCUUACACUGCCAGAAUUCAACUAAUCAAUUCUGUUUUGCUUAGUCUGCAUAUGUAUUGGGCUCAGAUUUAUGUUCUUCCCAAAUCUGUGCUACAGGACAUUGUGAGGAUAUGUAGAGCCUUCCUGUGGGGUGGACAAGCAUUCAGCCAGAAACCAAGUAAUAUAGCUUGGGAUAAGGUUUGUUGUGACAAGCAGCACGGUGGUUUGGGUUUUAGGGAUGUUGUUCUGUGGAAUCUGGCUUUCAUUGGUAAAUAUGUUUGGGCUCUUGUUAAGAAGCACGAGAAUAUCUGGAUCAAGUGGAUUACUUCAGUUUACCUCAAAGAUGGGGAAUGGUGGGAUUACCAACCUAGCUCUUCUACUAGUUGGUAUUGGAGACAAAUUUGUGUUACUAAGGAGAAGCUUAAGCAAUUUUUUACUCUGCCUGACCUGGAGGGCAUGGCUCAUUAUUAA